AUGGUGGCCUCCUUUCUACUCUCGGCUGUUGUGUUUUCGCUGGGAAGCUUGGCGCUACCGAGAGUCGCCGCGCAAGAGAGCGCAAGGACGUUCAACUUUAUAAUUUCAUGGAAGCCUCACGCACCGGAUGGAGUCGCCAGAGAAAUGCUCCUGGUUAACGACCAGACGCCCGGGCCAGUCAUUGCAGUCGAACAGGAUGAUUGGGUCGUUGUAAACGUGCACAAUGACUCGCCGUUUGAAACGUCGGUUCAUUUCCACGGCAUUGAAAUGGGGAGCACGCCCUGGUCCGACGGGGUGCCGGGCGUCACGCAGCGAGCCAUCAAACCGGGUUGCCGCUUCGUGUACAGAUUCCAAGCGACCCAGUACGGAAGCUAUUGGUACCAUUCGCACUUCAAAGACCAGCUUGAAGAUGGCUUGUACGGCCCGAUUGUGAUUCAUGCCCGUCCCGGGACUCCCAAGCCCUUCUCUAUGAUACGCAAGGACGAGGCUUCCAUCGAGGUAAUGGAAAAGGCUGAGAGAAGGGUCCAGCCUUUGAUGAUGUAUGAUUUCAUGCACAUUACGUCGGAGAGGAAGUGGAACAUUACGCCCCAGGCAGGUGUCGAGCUAUCAUGCUACGACUCAUUGCUCUUCAACGGCAAAGGCCGCGUAACAUGUCUACCCGAACGCGAGAUGAUGUCUCAUCUAGGACCUGCGCAAGAGGCUGACUUGGCUUUGGUGCCGGGAGAGAAGCUGACAGACAAGGGCUGUCUGCCCGCCAUUGUGAUGGCUGCAUUCGGCAACAGCGCCAAGGAUUUGAACGAAAGCGCCAUGCCAAAGGGCAUAUUCGAGGGAUGCCGAGAAACAAGAGGCUCGACUGAAGUCAUCAAGGCCCGUGGUCCAUGGAUAGCCAUAGACAUCAUCGGCGCAGUCAACUUCGUCAGCGGCAUCGUUGCCAUCGACGACCACGACAUGUGGGUGUACGCAGUGGACGGAUCGUACAUUGAGCCGCAGAAAGUGCAAGCCCUGGCGCUGUCCAACGGCGAUCGAUACUCGGUGCUCGUCCAGACCAGACGGCCCGGCAGGUAUCCCAUCCGUCUGCACGCAAACAGCGCGCCGCAGACAAUCGUCGGACACGCCAUUCUCCACGUGCCAGGAGUGGCCGCUGCUCACAGGAAGCCGAGGCAAUGGAUAGACAUUAUCGGCAACCCGCUAUCCAAGGACGUCGUCUUCUUCGACGAAGCUACUGCGCGUCCGUAUCCGCCUCAGCCGAUUGCGCAGAAAGCCGACGCGCUGCACGUCCUCAGCAUGCGGUUGAACGGGGCGAGUUACCGCUGGGCAUUGAACAGCACGGCCUUGACGCCGACCACGCUGGACCACGAAAGCCCGCCCAUAUUGUUUGACCCCAGCUUGACGAUGGCCAAGCACGACGAUGUCACUAUCCAGACCAGGAACGGCACGUGGGUUGACCUGGUCUUCUUUUCAGCUGUCUACCCCAUGCCGCCGCACCCAAUCCACAAGCACGGCGUCAAGAUGUUCAAGAUUGGCUCGGGCACGGGACCCUUCAAGUGGGGGUCGGUGGAGGAUGCUGCGCGGGAGGCUCCGCACCUGUUCAACUUGGUGAAUCCGCCUUGGAGAGAUACGUUUGUGUCGGAGCCGGUGACGGAUGCCGCCAAGUGGACCGUGGUACGGUACCGCGUCACGCACCCGGGGGCGUGGCUGCUGCACUGCCAUAUCAGCAACCACAUGGUGGGGGGGAUGAUGAUGGUGGUCCUAGACGGCGUGGAUGCCUGGCCGAGCAUCCCGGGGGAGUAUCUGCGGUAUUGA